UCUCUCAAUGGCUUCGCUCUGGUUGUGAGUGCAGAAGGGAUGAUAUUUUAUGCAUCAGCAACAAUCGUGGACUAUCUGGGCUUCCACCAGACCGAUGUAAUGCACCAGAACAUUUAUGACUACAUCCACGUAGACGACCGCCAGGACUUUGGCCGGCAGCUCCACUGGGCCAUGGAUCCCCCACAGGCGAGGUGUGGGCAGCAUCCCUACACGGAGACAGACGACACGGUCUUGGGGAGGCUCCUCAGGGCCCAGGAAGGGGGCAUGGGUUCGCCCCCCGAGUACUCAGCCUUUCUGACUCGUUGCUUCAUCUGCCGUGUACGCUGCCUGCUGGACAGCACCUCUGGCUUUCUGACAAUGCAGUUUCAAGGAAAACUACGAUUCUUACUGGGACAGAGGAAGAAGGCGCCAUCGGGAACAGUCCUGCCCCCACGGCUCUCGCUGUUCUGCACUGUGGUGCCGGUCCUCCUGCCCUCCACAGCAGACAUGAAAAUGAAGAGCACAUAUCUGAGGGUGAAGCACAGGGCAGACAUGGCAGCCAUGACAGACACAAGGGCAAAACCGACCAUCAGUCUGUGUGAAUCAGAACUUCCUGGAAAACCCAGCUUCUUAGCAGGAAGGAACAGUAGUGAAAAUGGCAUCUCAGCGUUUAGGGCGCAAACAGAAGCUGGCCACUGGGCCCGGGUUCCAGCCAGAGCCCGGUGCCCCUGCCUCAGGAGUACGGACCUCAUCUCGGAUUCCAAGGGGGCCACAGGGGACAGGGAAGAAACAGAUCAGGACAGGAUGCUGAGUGGCUCCACGGGAGGCAGGACACGGAAGGAGGCACAUGUGUACAAUUGCCACCCAGAGAUGCCAGUGCCUGGGAAGUACCCAAACUGGAUGACAGAAAAGAGUGUACAGGAUGGUGGCACCAAACUGAAGCUACUGCCAGGCAAGAAUGAGCCCCUCUCCAUGUGCACCGCUUCCCUGGGCUCCUGCAUGCCCCACCCAGGCACUGAGGGCACGUUCAGUGCCAGCAGCCUAGCUACCUUCAGAAAUCCUCCAGGCCAUGUUCCCAGCUCCUACUGUGGCCGGAUGAGCAGAGCGUGGCGGGACAUCUAUCAGGGUCAGGUGCCCCCACCUACCUGUGGCGCCGGAAUGCAGUGCUUCACCCCUGGGGGCUACUGCACAGAGGAUGCCAAGCUUCCUGGCCUGCCAAUGCCCCCGGGAACCUCGUGCAAUCCUAUGCUGCCACUGGAGGUACCAAUCAAGAUGGAAAAUGACUCUGGGUCGGAGGACACAGUAGAAGGCUGCACCCCUAGCCAAGUAUGGCUGGGAGCCAGUGACGUUGCCAAGAGACAUCUGGUCACUUUCCCCACCAGGAUGCACCUGAAAGCAGAGCCAGACUGUGGGCACCAGGUUUAUAACCAGUCCCUCAGCCUGGGCAUGCUGGCAGCCCACCCUCAGAGCAGGGUCACUGCUGGGCCCUGCCGGGAACUGGGCCCGUUCUACCCUGCGCACAGCUCCUGUUUGGAGCUAGGCCCAAGGCGCCACCUUUGCACCGUGGGCCGCAGUGAGUGCAGGGCAACGGAGAUCACACCCAUGGUCAAGCGUGAACCCCUAGACUCACCCCCAUGGGCCGCAACUGGCCAGGGUGCUGUGCCUGGGGUCUUCCCCAAAAGUGCUUCUGCCUUGCGGGUUCCUCCCAGAGCCCCCGAGGCUCCUUUUCUGCUGUAGAGCUGUUGCCACACCUUCCUGGAGACCAUCAGCAUGCACACGCAGACCUGCUGUGGCUGUGCUCCCAGCCCCUGGAUGAGGGGGGACAUGAUCUAGGGAUAUCCUUUGCAGAAUUUCAGGA